AUGAUCAUGAAGACCAUGGCUUCGCCUCACACAAUCUCCAAUGUACUGGUGCUGUUGGAUGUCAAUGCUUCAGAUCUUCAAAACCACACUGCACCACACAGCUGCAGCAUCGAUGAGUCCUACAAGUACGUCAUCUUACCUCUCUGCUACUCCUUGACCUUCUUGCUCAGCCUCGUCUUGAACUCCACUGUUCUACUGCGUUCCUACCGCUGUAGAGGCGGCCGCCAGUGGAACACUUCGCUCAUCUACAUGGUCAAUCUGGCAUCUACAGAUCUGAUGUACAGCUUCUCUCUGCCGUUCCUCGUGGCCAGCUACGUCAUGCGUGAUCAUUGGGUGUUUGGAGACUUCAUGUGCAGGUUGGUGCGCUUCCUGUUUUACUUCAACCUCUACUGCAGCAUCUUCUUUCUCACCUGUAUAUCCGUCCAUCGCUACAUGGGCAUCUGCCAUCCAAUCAGAACCAUCGCCCUGGAGAGCAAGCGGGCGGUUAGAGGCAUUUGUACAACUGUAUGGGUAGUAGUGUUCAUACUUACCUGCCCCAUUGUCCGUUUUGCCAAAACUGGGGAAGUAACGAGGAUGUUAGGGGAUGGAAUGAAUGAAGGGGGUGAUCCUUUGUCCACAGGUAGCACAAAUUCAGGAAGAGUUGAAGUAUACCGGAACUGUUGGGAUGAUGCCAUAGACAGUGAGUUCUCAGAGUAUGUACCCUAUGGAAUUGUUCUUCAUCUGCUGUGCUUCUUUUUCCCGUUCAUCGUAAUUGCAUGGUGUUACUCACAAGUGGUACGUACCAUCUUCCAGUCGCUACCGUCCCAGCCCCAAAUGCAGGAGGAAGGGGGGAUGUGCAGUGGGGACGAAGGGGUCAAGGAUAGGACAUCCGUGUCCAUCUCUGGCUCUCUGAAUGCUCCAUACAUCAACAGGCGCCGUAAGUCCAUCAAAACCAUCAUCACCAUCACGCUUUUGUUUGCGCUUUGCUUUCUGCCCUUUCACAUCACAAGGACUCUCUUCCUCAUCCUCAAAGAAACAAAGGUAGUAGAGUGCCAAACCAUGCGGAUGGUCUCCAUAUGCUACAAGAUCACUAGGCCCCUGGCAUCCUGCAAUUCGUGGCUCAAUGCGCUCCUUUAUUUCUUAACAGGGGACAAAAGUUUAGCCUGCUGUGGACGGACCAAUGCAGGUCAGCAAACACACCUUCUCUGGCCUUUACAGAUUCUUGGAGGACAAAAACUAGAUGAUCGAGAGCAGGGCAAUCCACCUAAAGCAGAUGAAGGUCAUGAGAGUGACUCAAAAUCAUCAGGAACAACAUAGUUGACUACUGCAGGUCAGGAAUGCACAGGAGGAUAUCUCAAUGGGAGUGUACUACUUGCAUGUUUUAUUGUUCAUACAAGUAUUUGAUCUAGUAGUUACAGUAUAUCCACCCACCUCUUUUAAAAAUUUUUUUUUUUUUUUUUUUUUUAUGAGUAAAAAAUGAAAACCUUUUAGUAUGAAUAAAAUAGGGAUUUAUUAAACAAUAACUGUACUUAUAUAAAUUUGUUACAAGUUGCUGACUGACAAGAAACCGUUAACAGGUGGAAGGAAUAUACACAAGAAACAGGAAGCAUAAAGUUAUUAAUUUACAUCUUGUUUAGCUCUAAAUUAUUAGGCAAGGCGUGCCCUGUAUCUUGUUCAGAUCCUGGAACUAUGUUUGAGUUGCACAUGUUUAGUAUUUUACAGUUUAAUAAAGCUUUGUUUUUAAAUGCACUCUAUAAUAAAUAAAGAAGUACUUUAAUAAAAUAAAAAAUUA